AUGGAGUGUCCGUACUACAGGAGGGGCGAGUGCCGGUUUGGGGAAAAGUGCCGGAACAUUCACAAGAAAGUAUCUGAUCUCAUGAAUCCUGCUUUUUGGAUUCUUGGCUGCAAAUACGCCAGAGACUUCGGAUAUUCUAUGGAGGAGAUGCGGGUGUUUUUCUACCGGGCGUGCGAGUUGGGGCCUGCAGGUCUCCGGGAGUUUUUUCAGGGAUGGAAUUUCUCCGUUGUAAACUCUCAUGCAGGGAUUGUUUCUGCCCUGUCCUCUGAGGAGAGGGGGAAUAUUCGCCUCUCCGGGGAGGGGGAGAGUGUGGAUUUGCGUCUCCAGGAGAAUUAUGCGCACAUAAUAAGCCCCGUGGAUGUUGAAGAGAGUGUGGGAAGUGCUGGGAGAUGGUGGCAUGACCGGAUAUCCCGAAUGAGAAAUCCCAUGAAUAAUCCCAUGAAUAGUAGUAAUCAGAUGAGUAGUAUGAAUAAUUCCAUGGGCAAUAGUAGCAAUGGCAUGAAUAGUAGUAUGGGUAUGAAUAUGAAUAGUAGUAAUCAGAUGAGUAGUAUGAAUGGUAGUAAUGGUAUAAGCAAUGGCAUGGGUGGUAUGAAUAAUCCUAUGAGUAAUAGUAGUAUGAAUAAUCCUAUGAAUAGUAGUAUGAGUAAUAUGAAUAAUAGCAAUGGUAUGAAUAAUCCUAUGAAUAAUAAUCCUAUGAGUAAUAAUCCUAUGAGUAAUAGUAUGAGUAGUAAUCCUAUGAGUAGUAAUGGUAUGAAUAAUCCUAUGAGUAGUAAUGGUAUGAACAAUCCUAUGAAUAGUAGUAAUCCUAUGAAUAAUAGUAUGAAUAGUAUGAAUAGUAAUCAGAUGAGUAAUAUGAAUAAUACUCCGAGAGUAGAGGAUACUGCCCGGUAUGAGAUUGGCAGAAUUCCUAGAAUGCCUCCAAAAUAA